GGACUUCAUUACUGACAGGGAAGCUGACUUUUUGUGUAAUUCAGGCCUGGCAUCACUGACCUUCUGUUCUAUCAGUACUCUACCAAAGGGGGCACUUUUGCGUAUGUUGUUGUGUCAGAAGAGUACAACGCAAUAUAUCUUCAUUAAUUACAUGCCUGAGCAUUGUACGUAUUUUAAUUGACAUAAAAACAGAAAACAUCAAACAGACAAACUGGUGAAAUGUACUUCCGUGGCAAAAGGAGAGUCGAAAACUGAUCGUAUGGCAUGUUAUAAAUAUAUUUCCAAUGUAAUAUAAUGUUAACAUAGAUAAUACCAAAGUUUUAAAUAAAUUUAAAACAGACGAAAACAAAACAUGCCGAAAGUGAGAACGGGGAAUGCCUGCGAAGAAUUAUCUUUGGACAGAAGGUGGCGCUAUCCAAAUUCCAGCUGGUUUGCACGGUGUAAUGCACAAAAAGAAGAAGAAGGCGACGCUGCUGACAAGCGCCGUGGAUGUUGAUUCAUUAGUCUUCCUGUUGGGUAGUGUAAUAUUUUUGGAGAUGUUUUAUUGAAAUCACAAAAGGCAAUGGGUUUUAUUUAAAUCUGGACAUUGACUAGAAAAUCUUAAUAAGGAAAUGUUACUUUGUAGCGUUGCACUUCUAUUUAAUACAUUAGCUUUGUCAAACAAAGUGCGACUCGUUUUUAAAAACCAAUGAAGGUUAAAUAAUACCGAGAUAUAACUGUUUACAAACUAAAAAUGCCUUUACCUUUGUAGUAUUUAAGGACUCGAGAGAAAUGCCUUAACGACUGUAGUUGAUAAGACGGUGACUUCAGCUCGACUCGGCAGAUUUCCAUUCUUAAAUUCGCGUUUCUGGCCUUGUAAUUUUGUAUGUAUUUUUAACGUCAUAUUUCUGUGCCCGAAGAAUAUUGCAAGCGAUGAAAAUGGAAUUUGAUUCGCCUGAAGUUGCGAAGGCGAAGGAGUUCUGGAGACGCGUAAAUGUAGAUCACGUGUUCAGUGAGCUGACAGGGUAUUUAAACAAAGUGAGGGACAUGAUUAAAAGCGACGCCGCCACGGACAGAGAGUACGUCUGGAGCAUGACUAUGGUGGUAGAAUCUGAAAUCUUACCAUUGGAUAAUGACAUUGAAGAAGUAAUUAUCAAAUCAGCUCCCACCCAAAUUGUCUGCAGUCUGCCGACUGUGAAUGAAGGAGCGGAGAGCAAGUGUGAGGCCGGCAACCUGAAGCUGGAGUGGAGCUCAAGGAAGAAGGGGGAGGAGUUUGGUUCAGACACUCAUCUUGUGCCGGCCUUCCCUCCAUUUAGCGAGGACCCAACUGGCUUUGUCAUCGCACCCCUGGCUGUCCAGCCCCCUUUCCACCCCCAUGACUGUACCCGGGCCUGCCUACCCAACCUCCCCCCCUCCAUUGACCUUUUUCUGGGGGAGAACCCCCUCAAGGUGCCCAUCUUGUGCCAGUUCCAGCGACUGAACGCCAUGCCGGAUGAGUCGGAGGAGGCCGAGCCAGAUGUGGUGUACAAGGCCCCGUGCGGGAGAGCCAUGCGGGGCCCCGACGAUGUCCUGCACUUUCUGCGCGAGACGCACAGUGAUGGCAUCCUGCGUUUGGAUAACUUCAGCUUCAAUAGCUCUGUCGUGCUGGCAAGGAGCUGCGACCUCGCGGUGGGUGGGCUCCUGGAGGCGGACCUGAGCAAGGGGGUGGAGCUGACGCCAGUCCAGCUGUACAAUGAGGUGGACGGUGAGCGUCCAUCAGACUUCCGUUAUAGGAAGGACCGGUGGCCGCAUGGCUGUUUUGUAGGCCCCACCCCGACCUACUCCGCCUGCUGUGACUGCCAGGACGGCUGUGUGGACGUGGCUCGCUGCGACUGCCUGCAACUCACCCUCCGAUCUGCUGAGGCAGCGGCUCUGGGGCACGCAGACACGCUGGUCCCUUACACUCACAGACGGCUGCUGCACCCGGUGCCCUCAGGGAUCUACGAGUGUGGUCCGUGGUGCGGCUGCAAUUGGGACCGCUGCCAGAACCACCUAGUCCAGGACGGCUUGCGUGUCCGUCUGCAGGUGUUCCGCACCCAAGACUGCGGCUGGGGCGUGCGCUGCCGUGACGACCUGGACUCGGGCACCUUUGUCUGUACAUACACCGGGAUACUCCUCUGGGCCGGGCCCACAGCCAGCUCCUUUCUCUCUAAGCGGAAAAGGGAGGAGCUGCCCUCAGACGACGAGGUGGAGGUAAUAGAGGAAUGGAAGAUGCCUCCUGAAGAAUUAGGGACACAGCUGGAUGCGUCCUGCCCGCCCCCCCCCACCUCACAUGUGCCCAUCAUCCAGGGGCCUGCGAGCCUGUCACCUCUAGUUCUGGACAAGGAGUCAAGAAAGGUGACGGAUAACGGUACAAGAACCAUCCCCAGGAAGGGAGAGCUAAAGGAGACAGGGGUCUCCCCCACACCCUGUGCUGUGCACGGAGAUGUAGAUGCAGGCCGAUGCAAAGGAUUGUGGGAGGAUUCUGAGGAGCACCUGUUCUACAUGGAUGCGACAGAGGAGGGGAACGUAGCCAGGUUCCUAAAUGUAGCACAGCUGCCAGCCCAACCUCUUUGUCCAGAACGUCUUUGUUGAGUCUCACAACCGCACCUACCCCACCGUGGCCUUCUUCACUAGCAGAGAGGUGAAGGCAGGGACGGAGCUGACCUGGAAGUAUUCCUAUAAGCCGGGGAGCCUACCGGAGCAGGAAGUGCCCUGCCAGUGCGGGAGUGAGAGCUGUCAAGGUGCCAUCAUCUGACAAGCUGCAGCAGUCACGG